AUGAAGAAGGUUCUAUUGACCAAAGCCCAGCACAUCCAACCAGUCGUCGCUAGUAGUUCGGAUGUCUUGGUGAUCAAGCCAGUCGGUUCCCUGCGAGUAAUAUCCAUCUCAGCGCCACAGAGCGCCGCGACCUACAUCCAGCGCAAGUCCUUCCAGCCCGUCUAUGAGGACAUCUUCAAAUUACUCAUGAAAAUCCCAGACAAGGCCCUCACCCAAAGGGUGAUUGACGCGAUGAACGGGAGCAAUAAUAGCGAUAAGAUCGCUAUCUCCAAUCAAGGUAAACAAUGUUCUUGUGGAGUCCAAAAAGUCGAUUCAUCUACACAAACGGAUUGGGACACAGAGGAAUCGCAUAAGCCUAGCAUUACUAAUAAUUCAUGUGAAGCCAAUGGGAAUUCCCAUAGCCACAUGGCCGGUCGAAGUUCCGAACCUAUAAAACCGCCAGUAGAACCGACCAAAGUUCCUAAAAAGCGCGGUAGAAAGCGAAACAACUGCGUGCCACAGGUGGUCAAGCGAUCAGCGGCUGAGAUGGCGCUUAAGGAGCGCGAGGAGAAGCAGCUCACGCCCGUGAUCACUAAAAGAAAGAAAAGGGAUGUCACCCAAGCUCAAAACUUCGGAGAAAAUCGGAUACAGAAUAAAACCCUUGUGCGCAGCGACUCUAUCAUGUCGGAUAUAUCGAUCAAUUCAGAGGAGUUGAACCGGGUGGAAAACUUUAUAAGCGGAAACAACGAGGACCGCAUUAUACGCAUCAUGGCAAACGAAUUCAGGAAGUGGCACAUAAUGUCCGAAGAAGGAUUGCUACCCAUUCACGAGGAAAUACUGCACAGCGAUGUUUACGGCGUAAAGCGUCAGAUAUUUGUGUGCUGCCACACGAACGUGAACAUCAACGAACUUCUAACCAGGGACGGCGAGGACUGCCUGGAACUUGCACUGACGAACGACACGGACACCGAGAUUAUAUCUCUCAUCCUGGACGCUCGCAUGAUGACCGACCACCUCUACGAGAACUCAAACACAGCUCUUCAUCUGGCGGUGAUUAACAACAUAAAUAUCGAGUCCAUUAGGCUGCUGUUGCGUAGAAUCGAUUUGAACAGUCUUCUGCUAACCAACGAUGAUGGCUAUACAGUUUUGCACCUGGCAGUGCGCAAUAAUCAGUUCCUUGUUGCCGAGGCAAUCCUAGACAGUAUAGACGAGUGCGAGCUGGGGGAAACGGUGUACAGGAGAACCCAGGAGGCAGCGAAUCCAAAUGAAUGGGACGAGAAGGGCUUCGCCAAGUACUACGAUCGUGCCUGCGAACGGCUGGAGAUGAGCAAGCCGUUCCUGAAGAACCGUACACAUAAGCGGAAUGUCAUCAAUGCAUCCGAGGCGAGGGGCGGAAACCCGCCGCUUUUCUACGCCGUGGAAGGGGAGCAGGAACACUUGUGCUACUUCCUGCUGGCGCACUUGGCCGAUCCCGACGAGGAGAACUUAAGCGGGCAUUCCCCGAAAUCGUUUCACUACGAAUACGCUCGCACGUUGCGCAUCAACCUGAAAGUGGCGCGCGUCAUGGAGAAAGUAAUUGGCAUACUAAAUACUUGACAUUAAGUGUACAUUCUGUAAAUAUAUUUAGCCCCAACUGAG